AUGGACUUGGUCGAGUCGUUGCUGAACAGUCUGUUAUGUGAUUUGCUUUGGUCUGAUCCUGAUAAAGAUGUCACGGGAUGGGGCGAGAAUGAUCGUGGAGUAUCAUUCACGUUUGGCCCAGACGUUGUCGCGAAAUUCCUCACUCGACAUGAUCUCGAUUUGAUAUGUAGAGCUCAUCAGGUCACCGCUCACGAGGUGAAAUAG